CUUUCAUCGUCCACAGUUCGUCCACCAUUCUCAAAGAAAGUCGUGCCUUCAUGUCGUUGUCGUUCGUGCCUUCAUGUCGUUGAAAAACAGUCUCUCCUUCUCUCAUUUGCAGGCCACAGCUCUACAACUUCAGCGAACCAACUAACCACUCCUUCGGUACAAAUCAAUGCAUCAGCCCCUCGCUUACGCUUCCAGUGCCCGAUCAUGAUUAUCCCGACUCUCUAGAAGAAUUCAGUAGCAGGUCCGUACCCCCAACCUGUUUAUUGAAAUUCGAGAAGUAGAUUAAGUAUUUCGACAAGCAAGGUAUGUACUGAGUUUUGUCCCCUCUCCUGCUGUCUCGCAAGAAACGUUUGCUAGCAAAGCAAGUCGAGUUGUACCAGUUGUACCUGAAGACGUUAGUCUCAUGGAAAAAGUAACGGAUUUAUGAUUCCCCCAAAGAUCAUGCAAACACAGACAUCACAUCAGCAAGGCUGUCUCGUCGUCUCCCGAAAAGAUAAUGUACAAAUCCUUCGAUGACUUUCUGAACGAUCGCCGCACCGCAAUCUCGUAUUUGCUAUUCAACUUCACCUUCGUUUUUGUCGUUUUCGUGCUGGAUUUUCUGCACAAGCCCGUAGUGGAGGAAAAAGUGUCUUCGCAGGGAGGAUCGUCUCCAGAUACUUCUAGUACGCCGCAGUCGACGAAUACCCGCGACCAUCCUGCCGAAGCUUCAACUUCUCCAGAAGACAAUUCCGCGGCGAAUAGCGGUGAGCUGUAGGAUACAUAAGCUCAUAAAUAUUUUCAAGACCCGCUGCGAGAGCGAACUUCUUUUUCAUCUCGAAGAUAGAGAAGACCACAGACGGAGUGAAAGAAGGACAAACGGCGCAACUCUUUCCCACCAGUUCAGCCGGCAGCUCAAGACCUUUUGAAGAGGCAGGGGAAGUUUUCUUGCCGGAACCGUUGACACAGCUGCAGCUGCAACACCGGAGGUCGGCGUUGGUUUAUAACCGCCUUUGUCCGCAAGGACUCUGUCAAUUGUGCCCAGCACAGUGCCUCCUCGGAAAAGCUGCAAAAGAACCGAAGCACCUAGUAGAACCCGAUGGCUCCGCAGCCUUUCCUCGACCUGCCCACCGUUCUGCUCGGCGACGGGCAGUUGCGGGAUGUGGGUAAUUUUCACGAAAAGUCGUUCUACCGAAUCUGGACGAAGGACCACAAACUGCAGCACCUGUUGCAGCAAACCAAGAUGGCUUACUCGCAGCUGAUGGAGCUGCUGCCCACCGACGGGGUUUCGCUCGGCAAGCAGCACCUGGUGGCCUCGCCCUCGGAGACCGCGGGUCAGAAGGUACGCAUGUUCGAGACUGGGAUGCUGCUGAAUCUUUUGUCCACGGCCGAAGAAAUUUGGAAACAGGACACCAACACCUGCAACAUGCUGCAGGAGCGCGCGCAGGUGCAGCUGAACUUGAUUCUGGAGGAGCAGAACCUGUACACCUUGAAGCAGGAAGAACGAAAAUUGUUUCAACUGGUCGCGAACCUGAUGGGGCGGCACGUGUGGCACCCGGAGGAGUACUGGGACAUGGCCUGCUACCCGGACGUGAAGUCGGUGGAGCGGUACUGGAUGGGCGCGCGAAUGCUGUUUGACACGACCGUGAACCCCUACGCGGACCUUUCCUACGCCCGCGGCGCGGAGAAAAAUCUGGACGUGACGGACAGCAACUUCCACGCGGCCUGGGAGCGCAUCAACCAGGGCAGCGCGAACCAGCGGGACAACGUGUUGGGGAACGUGAGCGAGCACCGCACGGAGGCGGAGGACGCCCAGCAACUCAUGUCCGAGGCGCUGUCGCCCUUCCAGGCCCGCCCCAGCACGCACUACUCGCACAGCGGGAACAAGUUCGGGCGGAAGCUGAACCCGAUGCUGGACUUGUAUGACCGGCACUACGCCAUGCACCUGCGCCAGCACAAGAUCGAGGGCCGGAGAACGGACGGCACCUCCGACGACCACCAGCAGCACCCGCAGGGCGCCGCGGGCCUCGGGGACGACCGGGCCAUGGGUGACGAGAAGUUGCGGUCAAAAUUCGGCCACAAGCAGUGUCCCCCGGACGCACAGGACUUAGAAUUCUUCCGCAUUUGCCGCCGGGAAACAGAGCGGACGACCGCGCAGCUGCUGUCCGAAGCGGAUUUGCUGAAAAAAGAGAUCUAGGGAUUGGAAAAGUCUAUGUAUCGUCUAUUUACGAUUUACUGGUUGUAGUAUUUUUGCAUCACAAACUUUCAAUUUCAUAAACAAAAAACAAAUUAUGAAAUUAUUUCGGUAAUCGUGCUGUGAAGAUGCAGGAGCAGGUAAGACUCAGAUGGUAGAUUUGUGUUUGUCAUGCAACAAUAUUGCGAUUACGAUUAGUACGAGUAACCGAUACAUAACUUUUCCAAUGCAUAAGCUCACGACGCGGGAGGUGAAGUUCACGACGAGACGAGCGCAAUUGGUGCACAAAAUCUACGACACAAACGCGAAGUUUCAGCUGUUAUCCGCCGCGGAGGCGGACCAACUGAAGUACGAACUGUCCCUGUUGCGGAAGAGACGGAAACUUUUGAAUCUGAUGAACGCGUGUCUGGACGAGAUUCGGGAGGGGCGGAUCGACUUCUUUGCCCGCAUCGAGCUCGUCGACAAAGAGGCCGAGCUGCACAUCGCGGUGGACGAGCAACUGCUCGCGAAGCACGGAAAGCACAAACCCGCGGAGCUCGCGGCCCGGGUGGCGUGUCACCAGGCGCUGUCCAACGCCUUCAAAUUUGACCCGGAGGACGAUCCGAACUACGCCGACAACGCGGUGAAAAAAGCCAUGCAGUGGGACUACAACGCCGCGGACUUCUAUGAAAGUGUCAGAAUCGAAAUUGACAAAAUCGAAAAAUUUGUGAUGCAUAAAAUCGAUACCAGUUGGAGCCUCAGUUUGUAAGUGGCGCAUGACAAAUUUCGGGAGCAACCAAAUCCAGUCUGUCAUGCUGUUUGGGCAAAGAAGACUGCUCCUGUCGUGCUACUCUGGCAGCACAUUGCAUAUACCCAAACACGCUUACAAUCAGUCGCAUUUGCCUGCUCCCCAAUACAGGCCUCCAGUGCCCUACAUUUUAUGCAUGAGAAAUUCUUUCAACUUUGUCGAUUUCGAUCCUCACACAUCCAUAACUUCCUGUUCGACGAGACGGCGCGGAAAUUGAAGGACCUGCAGGGGUAUCAAAUGCAAAACUGUCUGGGUCUGGAAGAAUGCAACUUGUGAUGCUGCGCUUGGAUUCCAAAAACAUCUGUAUUGCAUGAGUACCAAAGGGAAUGCAAUUUUUGCUACGCUGAGGAGGCAUUUGUCAUGCGGAAUAGGCAUCAAGAAGCCCUCAAAAAAUCUGUAUUGCUAGGGUAUGCAUCACCGACAUCGUGGCUCGUCAUGCAAAACGUGCAUGACAAGUUUCAGAAUCUUCCAGACCCAGACAUUUUUACAGUUGAUAAGGGGGUCAACGUGCUGGAGUUGGCCGGGACGCCGGUGCCGGAAAAGCAGGACAUGAUACACGCGGAGCUGGAGCUGCUCAACCUCGCGAUGAUAGAACUAGAAAGGGACACGCCGGACGGGUUGCUGGAUGACCGACUGAAGUUUUUGGUGGACAUUAUCCGAACCAAGAUAAAACGCUUGAGGAUCGUCGCCAUCCAGUCGGCCUAUAAUCUCUUCGAGGUGGAAAACGCAAAAAAGAGCUUGCGAGCCGCCUUCCGACAGAAUAACAUUGUCGCGUGAGAAGUAAGUUGUCGACGAGCAGGACGAGGACAAUGGGGAAUGGUUAUAUAUUUUGCUUCAGGUAGGCGAAAUUCAAAUUCAAAUUUUACAGAACUUGACUGAUGUCCACGCGGACAGAUCGAUGCUGUGGACGAGGAGCAAAAGUUGUAGAACCUAGUUAUCUGUAAUAUCUCACCUGCCCUUUAUGAAUUCUUGUUGUGUCUUGGUAUCCCCAUGGCACCGUGCUUCUUUUGAUUCUGGGGUUAUUAAAAAGCCACCCAAAGUUGUGAUUCUCAUCUCUCGUCUUACUCUUAGUUACCCUGAAGCGACACAUGACAUCAAACGCUGUACCCCAGUGCUGGAACAAAAUACUCUUUGUGGUCGAUCGCAUUUUCGUUUUCAUGGAGGAACUACUUCAUCACAUGAUAACACACGUGAAUAAAAGCACGAAACAAGAGCCGCACAGCUCC